AUGGGCUGCAUCCAGAGCAUCACCUGCAAGGCGCGGAUCCGACGCGAGAACAUCGUAGUGUACGAUGUGUGCGCCACCAUCGACCAGUGCCCCACGCGCAUCGAGGAGACCUCGCCCAUCGUCCUGCGCUACAAGACCCCCUACUUCAAAGCCUCGGCCCGCGUGGUCAUGCCCCCCAUCCCCCGCCACGAGACCUGGGUGGUGGGCUGGAUCCAGGCGUGCAACCAGAUGGAGUUCUUCAACACCUACAGCGACCUGGGCAUGUCGAGCUGGGAGCUGCCUGACCUCCGGGAAGGGAGAGUGAAAGCCAUCAGUGACUCAGACGGCGUCAGCUACCCUUGGUACGGGAACACCACAGAGACUGUGACCCUGGUCGGCCCCACCAACAAGAUGUCCAGGUUCUCCGUCAGCAUGAACGACAACUUCUACCCGAGUGUGACGUGGGCCGUGCCCGUGAGCGACAGCAAUGUGCCGCUGCUCACCAGGAUCAAGAGGGACCAAAGUUUCACAACCUGGCUGGUGGCCAUGAACACAACCACCAAGGAGAAGAUCAUUCUGCAGACCAUCAAGUGGAGGAUGAGGGUGGACAUCGAGGUGGACCCUCUUCAGCUCUUGGGGCAACGGGCCCGGCUGGUGGGCAGGACACAGCAGGAGCAGCCCCGGAUCCUGAGCCGGAUGGAACCCAUCCCCCCCAACGCGCUAGUGAAACCCAAUGCCAACGAUGCCCAGGUCCUCAUGUGGAGGCCCAAGCGAGGGCCGCCUCUGGUUGUGAUCCCUCCUAAGUAGAAGCCCACUGGCCCGACGGUGCGUGGCACACAGGUGGAGACGGACAUGCAGGGAGGUUGCCGGAGAUGGCAGGAGCCAAACUGAAUUUCUGAGCCAAAGCCGACCUCUGGGGUUUGCCAGCCUCUGCAGCCACCUGGGAAGAGGGAAAAUCCCUUCCUCUUAGGAAUAAAGAAAUCACUGCUUCAAAAGACUUGCUGUGAUGACCGAGCUAGUAGCCAUAUUCUGGAGCUGACCGGGAUGAUUCUUUUAUCCGAACUACUGACCAUUUCUCUCCUGCGAGAUGCAGGGGAUGGAAACGAAAUUAAACAGUGCCUGUGGCAAAUGCUGCUUCCCAACCAAUGAGAAGUGGAUUG